AUGCCUACCAUAUCUGUGGACAAGGCUGCCCUUUUCAGGGCUCUCGGCAGAGAGUACACCACUGACGAGUUCGACGAGCUAUGUUUCGACUUUGGUAUCGAGCUGGAUGAAGACACCACCAACUCAGAACGACCAACAGUGAAUGGUGUUCAAGAGCCUCCUCAGCUAAAGAUCGAAAUUCCCGCCAACCGCUACGAUAUGCUCUGCUUCGAGGGAAUUCAGCUUAUGCUCAACAUCUUUAACCGUCGUGUAAAAGCUCCGCAGUACGUUCUGAAGCCACCCGCCGAUGGACAGCUACAAGAAAUUCGUGUUUCAAAAGAAUGCGACCGAAUACGGCCUUACGUCUCCGGCGCCAUUCUUCGCAACGUCAAAUUCGACGAUGCCCGCUACGAGUCCUUCAUCGAUCUACAAGACAAACUUCACGCCAAUCUCGCCCGCCAACGCACUCUUGUCUCGGUCGGUACACACGAUCUCGAUACCAUUCAAGGCCCCUUCACCUACGAAGCCCUCCCACCCAAAGACAUUAAGUUUGUCCCACUCAACCAGAAUCAGGAGAUGGACGGCGAUCAAUUGAUGACCUUCUACGAGAAAGAUCGCCACCUCAGUCGCUUCCUGCCCAUCAUCCGCGACUCCCCAGUCUACCCUGUCAUCUAUGAUGCAAAACGGACCGUCUGCUCCUUACCGCCAAUCAUCAACGGCAACCACAGUAAGAUCACCACUGCGACCAAGAACGUCUUCAUCGAAAUCACAGCCACCGAUCGCACCAAAGUAGAAAUUGUCUGCAACAUCCUCGUCGCCAUGUUCUCUCAAUACUCUGCCGAGCCCUUCACCGUCGAGCCCAUCAAGAUCGUUUCGCCUCACAACAACGAAACCCGCGUUGUCCCCGACCUCACUCCGCGCGCCACGCAAGCUGAAGUCGACUACAUCAACAGCUGUACGGGUGUGCCCCUCAAGCCUGAACAGAUCUGCGAUCUUCUCACUCGCAUGUCCUACACCGCCAAGCCGUCAUCCGCAUCCCCUAACCUCCUCGACGUCUUCGUACCACCAACUCGUGCCGACGUUCUCCACCAGGCCGACAUAAUGGAGGAUGUGUGUAUCGCAUAUGGCUUCAACAAACUGCCGCGCGCCUUCCCCAACGUUGGCACCACAAUCGGGCAACCUCUUGCCAUUAACAAGCUCUCCGAUAUCGUGCGCGCCGAGACCGCUAUGGCGGGGUGGGCGGAAGUGCUCCCUCUGAUUCUGUGCAGCCACGAUGAGAACUUCGCCUGGCUGAACCGCGUGGACGAUGGAUCAACCGCCGUGCGCCUGGCGAACCCCAAGACCGCCGAGUACCAGGUCGUGCGCACAAGUCUACUGCCGGGGCUACUGAAGACGAUUCGCGAGAACAAGCACCACAGCCUUCCGAUGAAGUUGUUCGAGGUCAGCGAUGUAGCUUUCAAGGCGCCCGAGCUGGAGCGAAAGAGCCGCAACGAGCGACACUUCGCCGCGGCCUGGUACGGCAAGACGAGUGGCUUCGAAGUCGUGCAUGGGCUGUUGGAUCGCGUAAUGGCAAUGCUGAAGACGGCCUUCAUUACCAAAGAAGAUGGCCUGGAUCUCGCGGGCAAUGGGAAAGGAAUGGAGUAUUGGAUUGAGGAAGUGGAGGAUAAGACUUUCUUCGAGGGUCACAGCGCCAGCAUCCACGUACGUGUGGGCGGCAAGGAGAGCGUCGUAGGUGUCUUCGGCAUUCUACACCCUACCGUGCUGGAGAAGUUCGAGUUGAGGUACCCGGUCAGCACGCUCGAGAUGAAUAUUGAAGUCUUCUUGUGA